CACUUUCUUCGGGCUCUCGGGCUGCUCGGGCCGGCGGGGUAGGUUAACAGAUGCGGGUCAAAGAGCCAUCCAGAGCUUUACCUGAAAAAGUCAAAAGAAGUAAAAGACCUACUAUACCUCAUGAUGAAGACUCCUCAGAUGAUAUCACUGUAGGCUUUACUUGUCAGCAUGUAAGUUCUGCUGUCAGUGUGACUCAGGUGAAAAGAGCCGUAGCUGAGAAUCUGUGGUCAGUUUGCUCAGAAUGUUUAAAGGAAAGAAAACUCUUCGAUGGACAGCCAGUACUUGCUUCUGAUAUUUGGUUGUGCCUCAAGUGUGGUUUUCAGGGGUGUGGUAAGAACUCAGAAAACCAGCAUUCACUGAAGCACUUCACAAGUUAUAGAUCGGAGUCUCACUGUAUUGUAAUUAGCCUCAAUACUUGGAGUAUAUGGUGUUAUGACUGUGAUGAAAAAUUAUCAACACAUUGCAAUAAGAAGGUUUUGGCUCAGAUUGUUGAUUUUCUCCAGAAACAUGUUGCUAAAACACAAAGAGGUGCAGUCUCUAGAAUCAUAAAACUUUGUGAAGAAAAAUGUGAAAUAGGUGAAAAGAAGAAGGGAAGAAAAGGCAGCAGUGUAACAUCUAUAAAAGGAAUUACAAAUUUAGGAAAUACUUGCUUUUUCAAUGCAGUCUUGCAGAACUUGGCACAGUCUUACAUUCUUACUGAGCUGAUUAAUGAGAUCAAAGAAAAUGGUACAAAACUCAAGAUUUUUCCUUCCUCAGAUUCUCAGCUGGACCCACUAGUGGUGGAACUUUCCAGCCCUGGACCAUUGACCUCAGCCUUGUUCCUGUUUCUUCAAAACAUGAAGGAGAUGGAAAAGGGGCCACUUUCUCCCAAAGUUCUUUUUAAUCAGCUUUGUCAGAAAGCCCCUGGAUUUAAAAGUUUGCAACAGCAAGACAGCCAGGAACUUCUUCACUAUCUGCUGGAUGCAGUGAGGACAGAAGAAACAAAGAGAAUACAAGCCAGCAUUCUAAAAGCAUUUAACAACCCCACUACUAAAACUGCUGAUGAUGAAACUAGGAAGAAAGUCAAAGCAUAUGGCAGAGAAGGUGUGAAAAUGAACUUCAUUGAUCGGAUCUUUAUUGGUGAAUUAACCAGCACAGUCAUGUGUGAAGAAUGUGCAAAUAUCUCUAUGGUGAAGGAUCCUUUCAUUGAUAUUUCACUUCCUAUAAUAGAAGAAAGGGCUUCAAAACCUGUACUUCUGGGGAAAAUUAAUAAAUGUAGGAGCUUACAGGAGACAGACAAUGGUCAAUAUAAUACUAUUGUGUUAGAAAAUACUCAUCACUCCAGAGCUACUGUGAAGCAUUCUUCACCCAAAAAUCGGAACCAACUAAUUCAUGACAGAAAACGUGUAAGAAAAUUAUCAUCUGGAGUAGAUAACGGUGUUGUCAUAUACCAGAGAAACGAAAAUCUUGACAUGAAUGGGGAUUCUCUGGUGUUUGCCAGCAUCAGGCAUCCGGAAUCAGCUCUGACGGAAAGCCCUACGGACGGCAGCGACAGGGAGGCCAGCGGCUCUGACAGCAGCGCUGAUGCAGACAGUGAGGCUUCCGAAUCGGAAAGUGCUUCCCAGUGCACCAUGCUGCUGCGGUCCAGUAGCAGAUGCUUCUUGCAUACCAAUGGCCACCUUCACCACUCAUUGGCAAGUGGACAGCGACACGCCCAAGAGAGCGACAGUGGUGAUGAGGGCCUGGCUGAAGCUGUGUCUGAACUUCGUUUGACCAAUACUGUGAUCAGAGAGAAAAAUUUUGACAGAGAAAACCAGCUGCUUAAUGUUCCAAAUAAUUUAUGUUUUUCGGAGAAGCAUUUGAUACCUCCCAGCCCCCAAAAUGCUUUUCAGACCCUUUCUCAGAGCUAUAUAACGACUUCAAAAGAAUGUUCCGUUCAGUCCUGCCUCUACCAGUUUACAUCAAUGGAGUUACUAAUGGGGAAUAACAAGCUUCUGUGUGAGAACUGUACUGAAAAGAAACAGAAGCACCAAAAUGAAACCAGUUCUGCAGAAAGCAAAGCAGAAGGGGUUUAUACCAAUGCCAGAAAGCAACUACUCAUUUCUGCUGUUCCUGCUAUCCUAAUUCUCCAUCUUAAAAGAUUCCAUCAGGCUGGCAUGAGUCUUCGCAAAGUAAACAGACAUGUGGAUUUUCCACUUACGCUUGAUUUAGCACCAUUCUGUUCUGCUUCUUGUAAGAAUGUGAAUGCUGGCGAUCAAGUUCUCUAUGGCCUCUAUGGCAUAGUGGAACAUAGCGGCUCUAUGCGAGGAGGUCACUACACUGCUUAUGUGAAAGUGAGAACACCCUCCAGGAAGUUAUUGGAACAUAUAACUGGAAAGAAAAAUGUCCCUGGUUUGAAGGAAUCGGAGAGUGAAUCGGCAGACCAGUGGGUCCAUGUUAGUGACACUUACGUGCAGGCGGUUCCCGAAGCACGAGCACUUAGUGCCCAAGCAUACCUUCUGUUUUAUGAAAGAAUAUUAUAAUUCUGUAUUAAUUAUUUAUGAUAACGAUUACUUAGAUUGCUUUUAUUUAAAUGCUGCAGCGAUGACCAUAUUAUGCAAUGUGCCUUUGUAGUCUUUUCUCUCUAAUAGGAGUAAGCAUACCCCUCAAAUACUCCUGAAAAUAUUUUACCUUUUUGAUGAAUACUUUUAAAGAAAACUUAAAUUUACCCAGUGCUUUCAAAUGGAAAUUAUUAAAAAUAACUCUAAAGCCAUGUUUUUAAAAGAAUAUUUGUCAGGGGUUUGGAACAUAGCUCAGUGGCAAAGCACUUGCCUUGCAUGUCUGAGGUGCUAGAUUCCAUCCCUGGCACUACCCAAAAAGGAAAAAGAGAAAAGGAGAUAUAUUUGUCAUGAAAAAAAAACAAAACAAAACAAAACAUAGUUUGUAGUAUAAAGGAAACUCCUUUAUGAUAUGGCUUUCUAUAUGAAUUAAAAAAUGAUGCUGGCUUAAUCAGGUCAUUCCUUAAAACAGUACUUCUCAAGUGAGAGUCACAUACCAUUUUCCUGAUUUUCCUGAUCUCAGAGAUACAUAAAUCUAUCUCUUGCUUUCUGUUUACUACUAUUUCAAACCCUAUCUUUUCAGUUUUACCUUUUUUACCCUACCCUUAUUUUGAGUACUCAUACUAUCAUUUUAUGUGCCAGUUAUAUUUUUCUAAUAAAUAUUACAAUAAAUGUAUAACUAUCAAAAACUGUUUUGUUUCAUCUAGCACUCCUCUUAACAUCAUCUCAGGACUAUCUAGUGGCAUUGAUGUGGUAUUACCUGAAGUUAAAGUAUAUGAUAUUUUAAUAUGGCUUAGAGCCUUUCAUACUAUGUGUGAUUCAGCCAUGUGAAAAGGUACCGCUGUAAUUUCAGUAAUAUGGGUUUGCAAAUAAUAUAUUUAUUACUUUAUUGCUUUGAGAUUUUGAAAUAUUUUAAAAUAUCAGAUAUUUUACUAACAUACUUGUAGAACAUACCUGGUAGAGUUGAGGAUAAUUUGCAAUCAAUUAGCUGAAGUAGAAAUACAAUUGCAGAGGGUCAGAGAGGUAAUACAGGAGCUAAAGCAUAUGUAAGGCAGGUGGCCAACCCUGGUUUGAUCCCUGGCACUGCAUAUGAUUCUUCAAGCUCUGCAGGAGUUACCUAUAAGCAGAGAACUAAGAGUAAGGCAGCCCCGAAUGCUACCAAGUGUGGCUCCCUACAUGACCCAAAAUGUAGAUAACCGUAACAUGCAGAAUUGGUCUUUUGAAGUUGUUAGUACAAAUGUAAUCAUAUUAUACUUUUGAAAUAUAAAGUACCACAUAUUUGUAAGUGACAGGUAAUAUACUUAUUGUACUUAAUAGAGAAAUAUAUUUUCUACCUCGGUAGGUAAGUAAAUAUUAAUCGUGAUUUUAAGAAUUUGAGAUCACUUUCUUUCAUCUUCAAUAUGCAUGACUAAUAAGUUCAAGAAGACGUAGCUUUCAUUUUUACAAAGUUUAAAGUUUUUAGUUUUCUUUAUAGAAUAGCAAAAAUGAUAAUUUUCCUCUCAGGAUAGAAAUCAUUAGGCUGUCAAAAUUGUCAUGAAAAUAUUAGGCUUAAAUUUCAAAACAUCACCCUGUCUUAGAGUCACAUUAUUGAAUCAAAACACAGACGCCAUGGUUUCACCCAUCCUAUUUAUUAAUGCCUAGGAAAUAUUUUAUAGGCAGAUGCUUGAUAUGUGCCUGGUCCUAGUUUAUUGUUAUUUUGUGAUGAAGAAUAAGAUUAGUAGGGCUAGAGAGAUAGUACAGCAGGUGCUUAUCUUACAUGCAGCUAUCCCGGGUUUGAUCCCUAGCACCCCAUAUGGUCCCUUGUUCCCUCAUGAGUGAUCCCUGAGCACAGAACCAGGAGUAAGUCCUGUGCGCUGCCGGGGGUGGCCCCAAAACAGAACCAACAACAGCAUAAAGAUUAGUGACUAUAGAUCAUGUGUGGAAAUAUUUAAUCGAGUCUUUUUUUUUUCUUUGCUUUUUGGGUCACACCUGGCGAUUCACAGGGGUUACUCCUGGCUCUGAACUCAGGAAUUACUCCUGGCAGUGCUCAGGGGACUACAUGGGAUGCUGGGAAUUGAACCUGGGUCAGCUGCGUGCAAGGCAAAUGCCCUACCCGCUGUGCUAUCACUCCAGCCCAAUCAAGAGUCUUGACUUUCUGAUUUAUAAGUAUAUAUAACAUCAGGGUUGCUACUUCCACAUUUUGAUAAAUGAAUGAAUGAAGUUAUAAUUAGAGUUAUACAGAGCUUAAAAUAUCAUUACAUGAGUAAUUUUUAAGCUGAUAUCUCAAUAAUGGGGUGGUUUUUUUUUUCUUUUGCUUGUUUGGGCCACAUCCAGAGGUAUUCAGGGGUUACUCCAAGCUCUGUAUUCUGGAAUCACUUCUGACCAGCUUGGGGAACUAUAUAGGGUGCUGGGGAUUGAACCCAGGUUGGCUGUGUGCAAGGCAAGCACCCUGUGCACUUACCAUUGCUCCAGCCUGCAAUAAUGUUUUAAUUUGCUUUUAUUUGUGAAAUGGAGAAAUGUAUUUUUUAUAUAAUUCUUAAUUUUUCAGUUUUAUUUAUUUUCUUUGCGGGGGUGAGGGUGGGCACACCCAGUGGUGCUCAGGGCAUACUCCUGGCUCUGCACUCAGGAAUCACGUGGUGUUGCUUGGGGGACCCUAUGGGAUGCCAGGAAUUGAACCCAGAUCCAUUGCAUGCAAGGCAAGCACCCUUCCCACUGUACCAUCACUCCAGCCCUAGAAAUGUAUUUUUGUAAGUUAAUACCCAAACCUAGAUUGUAUUCUGUAUAAGUAAUAUAAACAGGUUUUCUCUUGAUUAAAAUUAAUUAACAUUUCAGUAUCAGAGCAGUGGUGCAGAACUUGCCAUCCCUUCAGCUAAAUGUAAAUAUUAAGUGACCUCAUUUUUCUCCUAAAAAGAUGUCAUUUAGAGGUAUGCAGUUUUGAUUAGAUGGUCAUCUGCUGCUUGUGGAGACAGAAAAGGAGAGAAUACUUUUCUAUUCCCUUUGCCUUAUCUCUUACACAAAGUCCAAAAUGAUGAAUGAUAGUGGAAGGCAAGAAUCAAGAAAAGUUUAUUAUUCCUCUUUCCAUUGAUAAUAAUGCCUGGAAGUACAUCAGUGCUAUACUUAUCAAAUAGAUCUUUUAAGCUUUACUCUGAGUGCCAGUGAUAUUGAACUUUCAUUGAUAGACUUGUAGCUUCAGAAUAUUGCCUCAGUACUCAUGUACUGAAGGAUAUACUUUUGAGCUCAUAUUUAUUAAGUAUAUAUAAUGUGAACACCUGUACUCUCCUCACACUUUUUUUUUUCUUUUUGGGUCACACCCAGCAGUGCACAGGGGUUACUCCUGGCUCUGCACUCAGGAAUUACUCCUGGCGGUGCUGGGGGACCAUAUGGAAUGCUGGGAAUCGAACCAGGGUCGACCGCGUGCAAGGCAAACGCCCUACCUGCUAUGCUGUCGCUCCAGCCCCUCCUCACACUUUUUAAAAAAGCCCCACAAAAUAAGGAGGACAGUGAGAUAGUGCCACAGGCAAGGCACUUGCCUUGCUUGUGGUGACCUGGGCACCCACAAGGAAUCCCCAGUACCACAUAUGGUCUCCAGAGCAGUGCCAGGAAUGAUCCUUGAACACAAAGCCAAGUGUCAGCUCAGAGAACCACCUGGUGAGACCCAAAACUAAAUUAGAAAGCUACACAUAAGUUUCAGAAGUAAAAUGACAAUGAGACAAUUCCAUCAGUUUUCACAAUGUUAAAUAGUCUAAUUCUGAAAUCCUCUCCCCCCACCACACCCCCACUGCCAGUAGCCUGGACUUUAGGAAUGCCUUUCCAGGUCUUGUAGAAACAUUUUGGAUAUCCAAGAAUGUCAUAAAGGUAAUUUUUUAAUAGAGAAAGCCCUCCACCCCUUCAUGGCCUCUAGCAGGUGGGUUACAUAUAGAAUUACAUUUAAUUUUUUUGUUAUUUUGGGUAUUUCCAGAACACAUUUCCAGGGAAAGUGUUAAACUACUAUAAAAGCAAUAGUUUCUAGAUGGCCUCAGAAAACUGUCAGUAAGUGAGAUUGUUUACAGAUCCUAAGUACAAGUGUAUGACCAAAUGAACUUAAAAGGUAAAACAAAAUUCAUUAGAUUUAGAAAUUAGUUUACAGAGUAUCUUUAACUCCACUUUUCCAUAUUUAAAAUGAUAAACUUUUAUUAUGUGCCAACUAUAUUUUUGACAGAGCUAAAUAUAUAUAUUUAAAAAUAUUUUGGGGGAGGGGUCAGAACAAUAGUACAUGCAGAAAGUAAGUUUGCCUUGAAUGUGGCUGACCCAAGUUUGAUCUCAGCACCCCACAUGGUCCCCUGAACCCAAGCAGGAGUCACCCUUGAGCACAGAGCCAGGAGCACCUUUGGGAAUGGUCCAAAAAAAUUAUAAAAUAUUUUUGUCAUUUAAUGUUUUUAAUGCUGGUAGGACUACCUCCUUUUUGGAUAACCAAGGAGAAGUGGGAGUCGAUAUCAGUUCAUAGAGUUCAUACAUGUCAACAGAGCUAUUUUACUAUAAUUAGCUUGCAUGUCUGAUAUUUUAGUGAUUUUAUACGAUAAACAAAAUUUCCUGAAGAUUAAACUGUGAAAUGUAUCAUCUUUUAUCUAGUUUUUAUAGCACAAAAUAACAUGCUAACUACUUUUCUUAAAUUUAUAUUCAUAAUUUAUUUGCAUGUUACCUGAUUAGACAAGCCUAAACCAAAUGUUAUGUGUAGUAUGACUGAGCCUUUAUAUAUUACCUAGUGGAUUAAAAUAUUUUUUAGAUGUUUAAAAUGUUUAGGUUCAUGAAUAAAUCAAAUGUUUAGAAGAUAACUAUGCUUUAAGUUUUGAGUGAUAUUGGUUAUAUCAUUCCUACUGUUUGAUCCUCACCUUCUUUUGCAGUGUUUUUAGAAAACAGCUAUGUAACUUACUGAGCAUUUUUCAUGUAUAAAUAUGCAUAAUAAAUAUUAAAUUCUUACUUGCCUUCUGUUUUAAUAUUGGUUCUGAAGUAUUUGCAGUGUAUAUUAAUGACAGGAUAUUUUAUUUGUCAACACUGUUUACUUUGCUAUAUCUAAAAUAUACUUCAGAUUUUAGA